AUGGAGAGCCAGGAAGAAACCACGACAGGAAAUGGCGAGGAGGAGUGCCAGAUACAGAAUGGGGAAAGUGAAGAGCAGCAGGAGGAGGAGGGAGGGGAGACGGAUGAAGAUAUGGUGGUCGAUGGAGGCAUGGAGGAUUGGAACGGGUUUAUGUCAGGGGGGGCUGCACUGGGUGAAGCAGAGGAAGGGGAGGUGGUGGAUGAAUGGACACCAGGUGAACCAGUAACCCCGCAACAUGUCUUAAGGCUGAACAGUUACACUAAGGAGUACCUGUGUUCUCCAGAGGACAACAUCUACAACGUGAACUUCUCCCGCUUCAAGAUCAGGGACCUGAGCAGUGGAGCAGUCAUCCUGGACAUCAAGAAACACCGUCCAACAGAAAUUCAAGACGUCAUUGAACUUGAUACAAGCAGAUUCAUCAGGUACUACUUCUCCCCUGCCUUCCUGACCCUCAGGGAGAUAGGAGCCACGUUGGAGUUCACAGUGGGCAGCAGGGCUCUGAACCGCUUCCGUCUGAUCGAGAGACACUUCUUCAGAAACCUCCUGCUCAAGACCUUUGACUUUGAGAUCGGCUUCUGCAUCCCACACAGCAGGAACACCUGUGAGCACAUCUACUGCUUACCUGACCUGGAUCCAGACACAGUGGAGGAGAUGAUCGCCAACCCGUUUGAGACACGCUCGGAUAGUUUUUACUUUGUCAACAACAAGCUGAUCAUGCAUCACAAAGCCGAGUACUCCUUCAGCCCGCAAACAGAGACGGACACGUCCAGCGAGUAG